AUGAUUAGGCGACCAGCUUCCACACUACAGUUAUCACCUGAUGAUGUUAGUGAACUAAUCAAAGAAUUGGAAGAACAGAAAUUGCAAAGGAAGAUUCAAGCUCAACGUGUGAAUCUUAAACAAGCACUAGUCUCAGAGAACGAGCUUCCAACGCUAAAUAACAUGCAGACAGAGGUAGAUUCCUCUUUCCAAAGGAGUCCCUUGAAUAAUAAAAGGUUACCAGUGACAUAUGAUAAUAUUGCCGGAGUUCAAGAGAUACCGGAAAACUCAAUCCGAAACAAUAACAACAACAAUAAUAACCCAUUCUACCAUCAUGAAUCCUAA